AUGCAAAAUGAGCGAUCGAAAGGGACGGAAGAAAUCCCCGAGAGACGAUUAAAAAAGCGAAAAACUAGGAAUACGCACAACGAAUGGAUAAAUAGAUGGACGAUAGACACGAAGAAACGUCAAAGAGGAAGACCAAGAAAAAAGACAUAUGGAAACGGAAAACGGCUGGAAGAGAAAGAAAAUAGCAAAACCGACCAAUCGAAAUCGACUCUAGAAGAAAAUUCAAAAAUUGAAACAAUGGAUAAUUUGACAGCAGUCAGUAAUCGAAGAGAGAGCGACGAAGCCAGCGUCGAUACAGCAGCGAUGAAUGAAUCUGAAAAUAAUAAUUCAAUUAGUCAGAGUAAGGGAAAAGAGAUACUUACCAAUGAGCGAAGAGAGGUACCAUAUGUUGUAAGAAAAAGGAUGACAUCGGUAAGGAGGAAUCCCUGGAGCCGCAUCACCAUGGAACGAGAUCUGAAAAUAAGAAGAGUUAAUCGUGAGAAAUUAAGAAAGAAUCGUAUACUUACCAGCGACGAGGAAGAAAGUUUGGAAGAAUUAAGGAUAACGAAGGAAAUAGAAGAUAUAGAAAGAAUACAACGGAAAGUAAGAAGAGAGCCAAUAGAAAGUAAGAUAGCGAAGACCGCGAGUGAAAGCGGGAGCGAGCGAGAAAAAUUGUAUGAUAAAAGUAAGAGCGAGAUACCGAGAAGGGCCGCGAGGCGAGAGCGAUUCCAGGAAAUUGCAAUAAAGAAACCGCGCGCAAAGAAAAUUCACUCCGCGAAAGGCGCCGAUGACACCUUUGUAGUAGCCGCGAUAAAGGUAGACGACCGAGGUGGCGUACCAGGAAGGGCGGACUGCAAGUCAGUCUGGUCGCAGUCGUUAUCGAGGCAACAUUGCAGCGGAAAAUUCGUCGCGAGCACUAGACAUCGAGAGAAGGUUUCGAACAAUUACGAACGUAGAGGAAAGCGAUAUAGUGCGAAGUGCAGUAGAAGGAGACGAGACGAGAUGGCGGAAAAAAGCGAAGGAACGACGCUCGAGGAGCUUGAGAUGAGUAUAGCGAAGCGAAUCGAGGAAAGAAUAGCGGAGGAAAGGGAACACGAAGAGCGGCUUAAAAGGAUCCAGAUAGCUCAGAUGAGACUCGCGCAGCUUGAGGCAGAGCAGGAGAAACGCAGAAGAACUGAAUCUAAGAGUAAGGAAGCGUCGCAGAAAUUGGAAAUAGCCCUCAGAAAGAUCGAGGCAAGAUCUAUUGGCGGACAAUACUCAACUAAAGUAAUACCGAUCAAGUGGCAAAAUGACACGGUGGGAAGUAUCGCGAUCACAGUGCAAAUUCACGAUAACGCUCACCGUAGAUUGAAAGGCGAAACGUUAGAAGGCGUGUUGCAGUACAAGAAUUGCAAGAUUUUAAAUACAGCGGUGCGAUUAACGCGCAAGGCGACGUGGGAGACGGAAGCAGCGCAGGCCGCUACCGAGAUUGACGUGACGGAAAAGAUAGGAGAAAGCGAAAUAGAGCAACGAACAAGUGAAAUUAGAGACAAUGAGGUCCAGAAUACAGAAACAACGGUUGAGCGAGACGAACGAAGAAUAGAUGCCGAAGGAUCAUCAGGAAAUGAACGGACCGAUGCGGAAUUCGAGAUCGAUGAUAUGACGCCAUUGGCAGUGGAGAUAAGGCGAGAAGCAAAUAGAAGAAAGGUAUUCAAGGAGCCUGAAACGACGGAAAAAUCACAGGCAUUUUGGGAAGAGUGGCAGCAGCAAGGAACAUCCAUUCGAGGGAACGAUCCGUGA